AUGAAGCUAGCUGUGAUUUUGGUGUCUUUGCUAGCUUGGGCAUCGGCCAAAUCGUUCAACUUCGAUUAUUCCGAUUUUAACACCGCUUAUGGAUAUUUGACCAAAUAUGGAAUCCCAGAAGGAGAGAGGAUACAAAAGGCUGAAGAAGAAUAUUUAAAGAGUCAAUCAUCAAGAAUCGUGGGUGGUUCUCCUUCCUCGCACGGACAAUUCAAUUAUCAGGCCGGCUUAAUCUCGGAUAUCAUCGGAAUUACUGGUAGAGGCGUUUGCGGCGGUUCCUUAAUUAGCACCGACCGAGUCCUCACAGCAGCUCACUGUUGGUUUGAUGGCAGGAAUCAGGCUUGGAGGUUCACGAUUGUACUUGGCUCCACACUGCUCUUCAGUGGUGGAACGAGGACCGAGUCCUCAGAAGUUGUAAUGCACCCAAAUUGGUUUCCCCAAUUGAUUCGCAAUGACAUAGCUGUUAUUCGCUUAACUUCUCCGGUGAGACUUUCAGCUACCAUUGGCACUAUAUCUUUACCAUCUGGGUACCAACUAAAUGAAAACUUUGAUGGAGCUCAAGCUACUGCGUCAGGCUUUGGGAUAACCGAAGAUGGUGGUGGUAUAUCCGCUGAUCAAUUCUUGAGUUAUGUACGUAUGGAUGUGAUUUCAAACCUACGAUGCUCAUUGACCUAUCCUCUUAUUCUUCAACCAUCAAAUAUCUGUACGUCGACAACCGGCGGAAAAAGCACCUGUCGAGGAGACUCCGGCGGUCCUCUUGCAAUUGAAAGGAACGGAGAACACAUCCUUAUUGGUAUUACCUCGUUUGGAUCCGCUCUCGGCUGUGAAAUUGGCAUCCCAGCUGUCUUCGUCAGGGUAACAUCUUACACGGACUUCAUAGCGGGUGGCAAAUUGCAGAACGUGUUUCUUGCAUGCCCUGCGAAGUUCCGCUCGAUGGUACCUAUAACCACCAUCAUGAAGUUACUAGUACUUCUUGUAUCUUUAACGGCGUUCGUUUCGGCGGGCACUGUGCCUGAUUAUACUAAAUUCAAUCCCGCUUACGGAUACUUAACCAGAUUCGGUAUCCCAGAAGCCGAAAGAAUUCAAAAGGCUGAAGAAGCUUACCUAAACAGCCUGAAGUCAUCGAGAAUUCUUGGCGGGAGACCUGCCGCACCAGCGCAAAUUCCUUAUCAGGUGGGUCUCAUCUCUGAUAUAGUCGGCACUACCGGCAGAGGUAUAUGCGGUGGCAGUCUCCUUAAUGAUAGACGUAUCCUCACUGCUGCCCACUGCUGGUUUGAUGGACGAAACAUUGCAUGGCGGUUUACCGUAGUACUCGGCUCCAACACACUCUUUUCCGGAGGAACCAGAUUAACUACAAGCGCCGUCACCACCCAUCCGGAAUGGUUUCCGUGGUUAAUCCGGAACGACAUCGCCAUGGUUGUCUUACUCAAUCCUGUAAGACUAUCACCCUCAAUUUCACCUAUUGCUUUACCUUCUGGAAGACAACUAACCAACAACUUUGCAAACAGUCAAGCCACUACUUCUGGAUUCGGAUUAAUUGACAAUGAGUCUACAAUUUCGGAGAAUCAGGUUUUGAGCUACGUACGGGUCAAUGUUGUUCCAAACAAUAUUUGUAGUUUGGGAUACCCCACCAUCAUACAAGACCACCACAUUUGCACUAGCACUGCAAGAGGUGCAGGACCUAGCCAGGGAGACUCUGGUGGCCCGCUCGUGACUGAAGACGGUGGCAGACUCAUUCUUAUUGGCGUUACAUCGUUCGGAUCUACUAUGCCGCUGCAAGUACCGUCUGUUUCUACCAGAGUCACGUCAUUCAUUGAAUUUAUCUUGCAAACCGGAACUGUGCCGGAUUUUUCUGAACUGAAUCCCGUUUACGGGUACAUAACCAAGUAUGGCAUCCCUGAAGCCGAAAGAAUUCAAAAGGCUGAAGCGGCCUACCACAGCCGUGUGUCAUCAAGAAUUCUUGGCGGAAAUCCUGCUGUACCAGCCCAAAUCCCUUAUCAGGUAGGUCUCAUCUCCGAUAUCGUGGGCAACACCGGAAGAGGAGUAUGCGGCGGCAGUCUUAUUAGUGAACGAAAAGUCCUCAGUGCGGCCCACUGCUGGUUUGAUGGACGCAACCAUGCAUGGAGGUUCACUGUUGUUCUUGGAUCAAACUUUCUCUUCACCGGGGGAACCAGAUUAACAAGCACCACCGUCGAAACCCAUCCCGAAUGGAUUCCAUGGCUCAUCAGAAAUGACAUUAUGAUAAUUACAAUCAGAUCUGUGACGCUUUCAGCCACCAUCGGCGUCAUUCCACUACCUCCUGCGAGUCUAAUAAACGAGGACUUUGCUGGUAGUCAUGCUACCACCUCUGGUUUUGGAUUAAUCGACGGUGGUUCAAUUGCGUCUGAUCAGUUUUUGAGCUACGCGCGGGUCAGUGUCAUUACGAACAGUGCGUGUAAUUUGGCAUUCCCAACCAUCAUCCAAGACAGCCACAUUUGCACUAGUACUUUAGGAGGAUCCGGACCAAGCCAAGGUGACUCGGGUGGCCCACUUGUGGCUGAAAGGGGUGGCAGAAUCCAUCUGAUUGGUAUUACAUCAUUCGGAUCUGCUUUGUCACAUUUGCUACCAGCUGUUUACACCAGAACUACAUCAUUCCAUGAAUUCAUCCAAGCUAAUUUGUAAAACUAGCCUGAUUUUUUUCAAUAAUUAUAUCUCGUUAUAGUUACUUUGAAGAAGUAAAGAUAUUAACAUUUCAUCAGUUAUUUUAUUACUUAACCUAUGCCCUUUGGUUAUACCCGCGUCAACUAUGGUUCGUUGCGUGAUGCUAUAAAACCGUUAACAAUAAACUGUAUCCCUAACGCUAAAAGAUUUUCUUAAAUCGGACUGGUGCUACAAACCAACUGUUCCGUAAAAUAAUAAAGAUAAAGAUGCAACUUUUUACAACACACACAAAUAAUUUUGUC